AUGGAGUCGAUUCAUCCGCCGCGUAAUAUCCUCAUCGCCGGUGCUGGUAUCGCAGGGAUCGCCUGUGCUUUAGCUUUAUCCCGGGAACUCUCGCCGUUCGUGCCGGACUUGAAGAUCACAGUUUACGAGCGACACGACAUAUUAUCCACAUCGGGUGGUGCCAUCAAUCUCACGCCUGUCGCGCAGCGCCAUCUCGCUCAGCUGGGGGUCCUCGAUGAGUUGGAUCGCAUGGGAUCCGAAGGAGGAGCGGAUGUGGAUGCAAUUGAGCUGUUUUCUAUGCGCUCGGGUCGAUCUAUCGGCUCUAUCGACUUCACAGAUCACAAUGGAAAAGGAUUUGGAGGGUACAAGGGCCGACGAGUGAUGCGGAUCGUUCUUUCAGUCGCGCUGUUGACUGUAGUCGAGCGAACUCGCAAUGUUGAGAUUGUCUUUGGCAAGAAAGUCGUUAAUGGUGAGGAAGACGACAAUACAGCCAUUUUGCAUUUCCAAGAUGGAACAAACGCCGUUGGUGACCUGAUCAUUGGCUGUGAUGGUGUUCACUCUGCUGUUCGUACCAACUUCGUCGAUAUUAAUCGACAAUCAGAAUAUACAGGGAUCUCAUUCCUGCAAGCCACAAUCCAAACCGACACCAUUUCCUCACGCAUCCAUUUCCGAUCUUCAGCUCUGAAUAUGUCGCGACACGGCUCAAUGCUGACCAGCUAUUGCGACCGUGAUAAUGAUCAAAUCUUUGCCGCUGCUAUCGUUCAGUUCAGCCAGGAAGCCUUGAGUCGGUAUCGACUAGAGCCAGGCCAAGAUUGGGCGACGCAGAACAGGAUUCGAUGUGCACUCCGGGAGGAGAUGAGAGAUCGCUUUGGCAAAUCUGCUAUUCCCUGUAUCCGAGAAAUGAUCGAAAGUAAGGCCGACUGGAUGCUCUAUCCCGUCUUCCAAGUCCGCCCAGGAGGCCGCUGGUGCACGGAGCGAUCGAUUCUGUUGGGUGACGCAGCACAUGCAAUGCCCCCGCGUGAUGAAUCCGCUGCAUACGCACUGGACGAUGCCAUCCUGUUUGCUCGCAUUCUGGUCCGCUAUCGCUCAGAGCCCUUGUCAGAGGUUUUUGUUGCAUAUGAAACUCUUCGACGUGACACAAUAAAUCGUGCAUUUAAGGAGUCUCAUCGCAUGUGGGCUCGCAAUAGAGACAUGGGUAUGUUAGAAGGAAGACUUAAGGAAUGGAUGAUGCCUUUCUUCCUCCGCAACAAUCGUGAUCAACGAGAAGCAGCGUGGCAGUUUGACGCAGCUAAAAUUGCACUUCCCACGCCAGCCCCCAGCGAAGAUUUGGUGUCUCUCAAUUCCUUCUUGAAGGAUCAAGCCCCAUGA